AUUUAUUGCGUAAUGAAAAUAAUAAUUUACAUUACUUUGAUUAUAAAUAUUAAAAUAGGAUCAAUUCAAUGAAAAAUAUCGCAUCAUGCGACAUAAAAAGAAAUCAGAAACUAAAUUUGUUUAAGUCGCAGAACGGCUGCUAAGUAUUUACUGUCAAAGUCGGAUUAAAUGUCAAUGGUCAAUAAUAUUAAUAUAGAGAUAAUACCUGGGAUAAACAGUAUUAAGAACAUAAUAUAAAUUUGUUGAAUUAAUGCGUGUGACGUGACGAUACAGAAGAAUUUGUGUUUUCAUUUAUUAUGGAGGAGCCGGUGGACGUGAUACGAGAAUGCUCCCGUGCUGCGUUAACAGUGAGCAGAAGAACCCAAAGAGACGAUGAAACCGAUAACCGUCGUCAUAUCGUCAGUGAAGACAUAACACCAACAGUUGUUGCUGACAUAGCGACAAGGCUAAAGAGCAAGACUGCUGUGAGUGCAGCAGACCUCAGAACCCUGAAGAACAGUCUCCUGGAUGACCAAAAGCAUAUUGAGGUGGUGCUGAAUAUACAGGGGGCUCUUCGGGGUCUGGUGAGGGAACUGACUGGUCACGAUGCUCAGCGCGCACUGCAUGCAGCCGGCUGCAUAUGCAACUUAUCCCUAGGAGAUGCCCGCGCAUGUACUGCAGUAGCACGAGCUGCAGGAACUUACCUGAUUGCUGCACUUCCCAGCUUGCAUAGUGAAAUGGCGGCGACUUGCGCUCGGGCCCUGGGUAACUGCGCCGGCGCGUGCGCGGGCGCGGCGGCCGUGCUCGCGGCGCAGGGCGCGGCGGCCGCGCUGCCGGCGCUCGUGACGUCACCCGACGGCCACGUGCGCGGCGCCGCGGCCACGGCGCUCGCGCAUCUUGCCUACCAGGCGGCCGAUCAUUUCAGGAAAGAACACGUGCUACCCAUCGUCCAGGCCCUCUCUCACACCCGCUUCACACAUUCAUCGCUUCAACUACUCUUCCUACUAUCGUGCCGCGACGAUUUCAACGAAACCAUCAACAAACAAUUACUACUCAACGUUCUAGAACACGCUACAACUUCGAUGGAAUCCAUAGAUUCAUUUCUAUACGCUGUGCGGACGUUAGCUAAUAUAACCCUUAAUGAUCAUAUUUAUAGUGUAAUUACAAGUCAUUUUUAUAUGAAAGUAGAUGUUUUAAAGCAAGCGUUAUCGAUGAGUGAUGAUGUUGUGAAGUCUAUGCUUUGGUUGUUGGGUAAUUUGUAUAAUUUUAACUGUGAUAAUGAAUUAUUUAUCGCGUUAUUAUGCUGAUAUCUAACCUCUUUUUUGUCAAAUGUAAAAAAUUUUUUUUUUUUUUAUAUCUUGUAACAAGCAUUUUUCCCUGUUGUUUAAUUUAAAGUUCCUCUUCAAUUUAAGUAUUGCAAAAAGUAAUCUAAAUUAAAAAGGUAAACGAGUUGUAAUGUUGUUGUUCAGUCGGCAGAUAUUUUAAUAAAACACAAACAAUAAAUCGCAAUAAAUAUAAUAUCAUAUCAAUUAUUAUUAAUAUUUCAAUAAUUAUAAUAGUAUUUAGGUUAAUAUGGAUAAGGCUACAAUCAUAUUGUUUAAAAGUUGCAGUCCUCACAAACGUACCGGAAUGUUUACAUUAAUGCCAUUAUUUGGACUAGUUUGUAUGGUUCAAGCUAAUUUACAAUAGUCAAGUAACAGAAUCCAUCAUCUUGUAGUAGACAUCAGUGCCAGAAGCCCUAAAGGGACAGGUUUCAAUCCAUUGCAUCAAAAAGGUAUGUUUAAUUUUCUUAU